UUGUCAUUUGGAAUCCUUCAUUUUAAUUUGUCGUUUCAACGAAAGUGGUUCCUGCUGAUCAAAAAAUUGUGCAAGAAAAAAACCAAUCAACAUAGCUCAGAGCCACACAAAAUACAAACAUUUUUCAAGUGUCAAAAUCAUUUUCAAUUGAAACACACAACAGAAAGAAGAACAGCCAUUCUUGCCGUCGAUACGAUGCAGAAUUCCGAGCCACAGAAAGACACAAUUCGCAACCAGUUUUCAAGUGCCAAAAUCAGUAAAAAGAAGAACGGUCAUCGAAACAGAUUCAAAGCCACAAAUAACAAAUUGGUUGAGACCCCAAGCAAAGUUCCUUCCCAUCGAAUCAAAAUCAGAACUCAGAGCCCCACACAAAACACAAUUUGCAACCAUUAUUCAAGGGUGAAAAUCAGUUUCAAUUAAAAACACAAAAGAAAGAAGAGCAGCCAUUCUUGCCGUCGAUACGAUGCAGAAUUCAGAGCCACACAAAACACAAUUCGCAAACAGUUUCAAGUGUCAAAAUCAGUAAAAAGAAGAACGGUCAUCGAAACAGAAUCAAAGCCUUAAAUAACAAAUUGGUUGAGACCCCAAGCAAAGUUCCUUCCCAUCGAAUCAAAAUCAGAACUCAGAGCCACACAAAACACAAACAUUUUUCAAGUGUCAAAAUCAAUUUCAAUUACAAAACACACAACAAAAAGAAGAACAGCCAGAACCAUCGAAGAUUUAAUGAUCAAAUUCCAUUCUAACACAAAAUCAAGGUCUCAUUUGGAAUACUAUGGGAGCAACCGCAGCUCGGGCUCACGUCGCCGUUCGCGCUCGCGUUCUUACUCGCAAUCCCGCUCCAUAUCGCCUUCAGGAGCACGCAACCGCUCUAGGCGCCAGUCACAGGACCGUCAGAUUCGAGGAUCCUCGGAACGUCCUAAGACAAACCGCUGCAUUGGCGUCUUCGGCUUGAGUACCAAUACUUCCCAGGAGAAGGUGCGCGACCUUUUCAGCAAAUACGGCCCCAUUGAGCGCAUUCAAAUGAUUAUCGAUGCCCAGACCCAUCGCUCGCGUGGUUUCUGCUUUAUUUAUUUUCAAAAUGUCGCCGACGCCCGUGUCGCUAAGGAUUCCUGCUGCGGCAUGGAGAUUGACAACCGUCGCAUACGCGUUGACUUUUCAAUAACCCAACGUCCCCACACUCCUACUCCUGGAAUCUACAUGGGACGUUCGUCUCGCAACCAGUAUGGUCGCUCCGGCUCACCGUGUGGUUCUCGAUAUCGCGACUACGGUUCUUCAACAACUAAGGAUUCUCGCAGUCGCUAUCGUGACUACCGCAACGAACGCAGCGACCGCGAAUACCGCAAUGAACGUGCAAACCGCAAUUAUCCGAAGGAGUCUAGUCGCAGUCGUUAUGUACGCAGUCGCAGCGUUUCACGUUCUCGUUCGCGUUCGCCGGUGCGCAAGUACCGCACCUCAUCGCGUUAUGAGUAAUUCCUGUACAAAACGCGCCAAUUGCCAAAACCAUGCUCAUCGUCAAGGCCCAUCUGUAUUGUUUUUAUUUUGUGGGCCUUAGCAAACAAGACGAGCACACUUGACUGAAUUUUAACAAAACACUGGCAAAAUAAUCGCAUCUUAUGGCUUUGGGGAGCAAUUGACAAAUUUAUAACUCAUACAUCAUCUAAACUUUUAAUCUGUUGACUUCGUUGUUGCUGUUGAAAAACGUAGUUUGUAAAAAUCGAGAAUUAACACGAUUACAUAAUAGAAAUCUGGCACCAAAAGCGGGCUAUAGGUGCCACACACUCAUUGUGAUAUGUAGCUUAAGCAGCAGCAACAGCCUGAUAAUAAUAAUAAAACUAACACACUAACAAUCA